AUGGGUGUAGAAUCUGAGACGAGCUAUAAGUUGGGUGACCCGUUGGACCAGAAGGACGCCACAGAAAAAGGGCGAGGAUCCGGCUGCUACUCGGAUCAGGAUUACGACAAAUGUCUAUAUUACCACGAAGGCAGUGAUCUCUACGCCGAAGAUGUCGACGGACAACUAGCAGUACGACCCGAAGUACCAGCAACGACGGAAGAUGUGAAGAUCGAGGAUAUACAGUUGUGCGGAUCCAACAAUCAGACACAGGAGGAAAUCGACCGACUCCGCCAGCGGAUCUGGAAGUUCCGACAUCUGUUGAUCGGCAAGGGAUAUGCACUCCCACCAGCAGUCCGAGGGGUUGUGUUUGAUAUUGAUGUGGGAGGAGCUCGGUCGAUCGCGUUUAAGUGA